GCUCACCUUCCCCUUUUCCCCCUGACUCCCUUUGUCCCUUUCCUUCCUCAGGAUCAUUAACUCAUAUCAGAGUUCAGUGUCACUGAUUGCGGGGAACUCGGUCUCACUUGGCUGCACAUGCACCCCUCUCUAAAGAAGUGAGGUGCUACCUGUGUGUCAGACUUAUCACGCAAUGAAAACAUGGAACACAUUUUUAUCAUAGUACUUCUGAUUUAUUUUCACUUGAGGCAAUGAAGAGGAAAGUUUGGCAAGUUUUAGAGAAGUGUUCAUGUUUCUCUAGUAUGAUUCUUAAACUAGGAGUGGAUAAUAACGUUAGAAGUUAUUCAUAUUCAUUGCUCAUAGCCAUACAUCCUUGUUCUAAAAAGUAGGCUGUUUGCUGGUUUAGCUGAAAGUAUUGCUGUACUGAGACAAGAGAAUGUCUAAGAAAACUGCACCUAUUCUCUUGAUUUUGUUCAGCUCUAAAUGUACUAGAGAACAGAUCAAACAACUAUUGACGUAGAGAAAAACAGAAAUUAUGUCAAACAAGGACUUCAAACAGUGUGUUUUGAGGUCAGUAACCUAAGCACCUAGAACUUUGAUCACGCUGGUAACGACCAAAUGACAUAACCUUUGUGGAUGUACGUGUAAAGAUAAAUAGGUAGCUCUUCAUUGAAUUUUACAAACAGAACAGCAAAACACUGGUGAAGUGAAAAUGUAUAUUCCUAAUAGGAUUGGGGAGCUUCAACAGAGGAAACCAAUACUGAUGAAUUAGCUUGCUGAAAUUGCAAGCAAGAUUUUUUUUGUUUUUUAAGAUAAAUGGGUCCUGUUUUCAAUAUGCGGUAUGAAGGAGGAGUCCUGCCAUAUCAAAUGGAAGACAGCAUGUUCUGUCUGAUGAAAUCGUUCCCAUGGUUUGGAAUGGAUAUUGGAGGAACAUUGGUUAAACUGGUCUACUUUGAACCUAAAGACAUUACUGCAGAAGAGGAACAGGAAGAGGUGGAAAACCUGAAAAGCAUUAGGAAAUACUUGACCUCCAAUACAGCUUAUGGUAAAACUGGCAUUCGUGAUGUCCAUCUUGAACUGAAAAAUUUGACUAUGUGUGGACGCAAAGGAAACCUGCAUUUCAUCCGCUUCCCUAGCUGUGCCAUGCACAGAUUCAUACAGAUGGGCAGUGAAAAGAACUUCUCCAGUUUGCAUACUACUCUCUGUGCCACGGGAGGUGGAGCUUACAAAUUUGAGGAGGACUUUAGAACGAUUGCUGAUUUACAACUCCAUAAACUGGAUGAAUUGGACUGUUUGAUCCAGGGCCUGCUUUAUGUUGAUUCCGUUGGUUUCAACGGCCAGCCAGAGUGCUAUUAUUUUGAAAAUCCCACGGAUCCUGAACAGUGCCAGAAAAAGCCUUACUGCCUUGAUAAUCCAUAUCCUAUGUUGCUGGUUAACAUAGGCUCAGGGGUCAGCAUCCUAGCAGUAUAUUCUAAGGAUAACUAUAAGAGAGUCACAGGGUCCAGUCUUGGAGGUGGAACAUUCCUGGGCCUGUGCUGUUUGCUGACUGGCUGUGAGACAUUUGAAGAAGCGUUAGAAAUGGCUGCAAAAGGAGACAGCACCAACGUGGAUAAGCUGGUGAAAGAUAUUUAUGGAGGAGAUUAUGAGCGAUUUGGCCUUCAAGGAUCUGCUGUAGCUUCAAGUUUUGGCCAUAUGAUGAGUAAAGAAAAGAGAGAUUCCAUCAGUAAAGAGGACUUGGCCAGAGCUACUUUGGUCACCAUCACCAACAACAUAGGUUCUAUUGCUCGCAUGUGUGCGUUGAAUGAGAACAUCGACAAGGUGGUAUUUGUUGGAAACUUUCUCAGAAUUAAUAUGGUUUCUAUGAAGGUGCUAGCAUAUGCUAUGGAUUAUUGGUCCAAGGGACAGCUGAAAGCUCUGUUUUUGGAACAUGAGGGUUAUUUCGGAGCUGUUGGGGCUCUUCUAGAAUUGCUGAAAAUGACAGAUGACCAGUGAUAAAGCUGAUCAAAGAGAUCCCUACUGCAGAUGCUGCUGGAUAAGAGUGAAAGCCACUACAAGGAUGGAAAUGAAGCCAUUAUGGUAGUUCUACCUGCUGGAUUUGUAAAUAAUUUAAAAUCCUUUUAGCCGAUCUUUAACUUCUGGGUUUUGAGCUUAUACUUCAGAAUUCAUACUGGGAAUAACAAGAUUUUUUUUUUCUGUAUGCUGUCUUUUUUAGGGGAAAUCUGUGCAACGUGGCCAAAUGUACAGAUUUUGUGGAUUUAUUUUAAAAGGUGGAUACUGUUUAAUGUAGGACCUGUACUAUGAGGCAUCUGCUUUUCUUCUGGGGUUUACUGAUUAGUGUGGUAAUUUUAACUUCAUUUUAGUAAUCACUCUAGGAGAUUUUUUUUAUCUUAUUUUCAUGACGUUUCAUGAUUUGUUCUUGGUUUCAAAUGAAACUACAAAGCUGAUGCAUUUUACUGUGAAAACUAGUUAUUGAUUUGUUGCCUUUUCUUUCUUCAUUAGAUGAGAUGCUUCCCCCUUCCCCCCCCCCAAAAAAAAAAAAAAAAAAUGACAAGCUUUCUGUGACUGUGGGUUUCUUCUGGCAAGACCGCAAGCAAACCUGGCGGGGGAGGAGGGGGCACUUAAAAUACUAAGUUUUCAGUAGUCAUGUGACUUUUAAGAUCAGGAACAGGCAAAAUUGCUUUUGCAGUAUUAAUUCUCCUUUAUAUUAUUGAAAACUUUAAACAAGAUGCAAACUAACAUUUUAAUUGAGUUGACACUAAAAUGAAAUCCUCUUUCUGUUGAAAAUAUCCGCUCUAUGCGAGGAGUUCUGUAGUACAGAUGUUAUUUAUAUGGUACAUGCUUGGUGUUAGAUGGCAAAGGGAGAUUACUUCCAUUUAUUUGAAGACUUUUCUGUAGUCUGCAAUUUUUAGCUUGAUCUUAAUGAAAAACAACUGAUAAUUGCAUUAUUCAAAUUUUAGUUUCUAAAAUUGGAAAAAUACACAGUAAAGUAUUUUCUGGUUUUAAGCUAAUGUUUAUUUUUCCUCCAGGGCACUAAGGUUUGAGUAUUUAUUCCAAUAUAGUAUUUUCAAUUUUUUUUUGUGGACCUCUAGAUUUUUGCAGUUGAAUUGAGACCCGUUUGAAAUCUAUGUAAUUAGGUUGCUUCUUUAUAGCAUGUGUGAACUCGCUCUUCUUAAACACCUCAAAUGCUCACAAAUCAGAGGCUGAAAACCAAUCUGUAAAUGAUUUUGUCUUGCGAACCUGUAUGUGAUGUCACAUAAUGUUAAGGGCUCAUCAGAGGAACAGUAUAAAAUUCACACACAUGUAUUAUCCAAUAUAUUUUUGUUAGGGUGGUGAUUUCACUUCUGGACUACUCAUUAAUUUCCGUAUUUCCCAAAUGUUGAAGUAAAUUCUUAUUAACCGAAGUGUUAACUUGUCUGACAGAAAUAAAAACCACUACCAUUUUGAAGGUU